AGAGAGGCAAUGCCUGGAUUAAACCUGAGAGUCUCACACAUGGGCUCACAGAAUAUUUAAUUGGAAGAAACAAAAACAGAAAAAGGUGGAAAAACUCAGCAGUCAUGUCAGUUCACUUUGAUGAAAGAAGUGGGACCGUGCGUUGUAAGACCCCAUGGGGUGAAUGGUAUCAAACCAUGGAAGAAGUUUUCAUUGAUGUCCAGGUUCCAGUUGGAACAUCUGCAAAAGAAAUCAAAUGUAGCCUGGGGAGUAAAGAUAUCACAUUGUCUGUCAAGGGGAAAGAGAUGCUGAAGGGGAAACUCUAUGAUUCUACUGUUUCUGAUGAAGGAACCUGGACACUAGAGGACAAGAAACAGGUGUGUAUUGUGCUGAGGAAAAGUAACCGAGGAGCUGGGAACUGCUGGCCUUCAUUGCUGGAAGGGCAGUAUAAUGCUGACCCCUUGCUGCAAGAUGAAAUGCAGAAGAAACUCACACUGGAAAGGUUCCAAAGGGAGCAUCCUGGCUUUGACUUUAGUGGAGCUGACAUUUCUGGAAACUAUGCUGGUGGAGGUCCAGAUUUCUCAAACCUGGGAAAGUGAGGAAGACUUAAAGACAUGAAAAGUGGUGACUGAGUUGCUUCUACAGAACAUUAAUGGACUUUGAAAAGAACAGCACAGAAGACAAGCCUUUGAAGUGCAUGAAGGACUUAAUGACCCAAAACUUGCUGGGAAAAUAAGGGCAAGUUCACAAAGCACACUGUUAUUGGUGUUUAAAUAACCCAGAAAUUUGUGUUGAGGAAGAAAUAUGCCAUGAGUUAUGAACUGCUACAAAUUGCUGGACAAUUUGAAAUGCACCAUUGUUGGCCUUGCAAAAACAGGAGCUUGCUGUCACCCUCCCCUUGCAUUUCAAUAAGUUGCUGGAUUUGUACCGUAAAUGUAAUGAAACACACCACUUAGAGUUCGGCAGCUAUUUCACGUCAGAACCCUGUUAAAUGGGGCACUCAAACUUGGAAACUCCGAAAGAGAACAAUUAAGACUGGAGUCUCAACUCCUAUGAGUAUUAAAUUGUCCUCAAAGGCUUUUCAAAUUAUAUAUAUAUAUAUUUUUAAAAUUUUUUGCUUUACAUUUGUCCCUUUUCUCCCUCUCCCAAUCCCAUCUUUAUUCCUCUUUUUAUGUCUUUGUACCUAAUUUGGCUCGCAUUCACCCUAUUCCCUUCUCUGCCAUGCACUGUUUCUUUCUCCUCUUAAUUAGAACAAUAAGAUAAAGCAAAUUUGACAAAAGUGCCCCCCUUUUUUUAAAGAGGCGCAUAAACAAUAAAACUGAUCUUUUGUUUUUAAAAAUAAAGGAAACGUAAUUAAAUUCAGAAUAUCAUCUACAGUCUCGACAGUGCAGUCCUUGCAGUGCCCAAUGGUCAGGGAAGGCCUGAAGUGUACUGAUGGAAACUGUGUGCUCCUUCUCCAGGGCCACCCAGGUGCUGAAGAGAGGCAGCCAGAGCGUUCACCCCCCAAAGAGAGGCAGGCAGAGCGUUCACCCCCACUUUUUUGGCCCGUUUCUUUCGCUGUCCCUGUAAGAUGGUCAAGUAGUUUACCAUAUUGCUGUUGGCAUGUCAUAAUUGAUUCCAGUAAUUUGCGGCACUAAAAUAAUUGGAGAUGAAGGUUGAGGAGAAAAAUCCAAUUCGUGCUGCUGGCCACAAAAUGCCUGUCUCCAGCAAAUUCUGGGCCACAGAUAUAUGAGCUUUAAAAUGAAUUUUACUGCUUAAAAAAUAAAAUUCUGCACAAAAAUUCA